CUUGAGGAAAUCAAAAACGCUGAUGCAGGUGCUCCUUGUUCUCCACAGAUGCUAAAAAAGAAACAUUUUAUUGAUGAAGCCCGCAAAGCGUUAUCGAAUCCGCAUGGAGGAAGUUCGAAGGCAUCUCAAACUGAAGGGGCCGCCGUGACAUUUGUCCGCAUGUGCAAAGCAUCUACAUAUAUCAACAUUAACGAUCGUCCUAAUGUUUUGUUCACGCUAGUCCAAUCUGUGACCCACGACCUCAAGACCCUUCUGUUCAGCCCACCUUCCAGUACCAAGUUCAGCCGUAGCCAGGGUACAAUCGGUCAAGAUAUUGACCUGUACAUCGACUGUUUUGUUUCGUUCUUCCGCAUCAACCCAUACAUCGGAGAUCUACCCAAGGUCUGUCUCAACCCUCAAUCUCCACUCAUCUACCACCUGGUAUUAGUCAGUGCAUUGUACAAGAUCAUCACACAGCCGCGGUUAGCAUGGUGGCCUGAGAUUCGAAAGAUGUACAGUAAAGCUGGGGAACUGCGUAGCAUGUUCAACGAUGCUGUGAACAAAGUGAUGCAAGCAACAGCAAGCCAAGGACCAAAGACACAGUUCUCCACCAUUACCAAGAUGACCGGUUUCAAGCUAUCGCGGCCAGGGGAAGAGAACACAAUGCAGAGAUAUUUCCUGUUGGGUUUGGUCAAACUAAUCCAUGCUGACCCCCUCCUUAUGUUACAUAACCCAGACAAACCAGGGCAUGAAGUCCAAAACAGCACGUCAGAGCUGAUAAAUGGUUUAGUGUCCCUUGUCCAUGUCCAACAAAUGCCGGAAAUUGCACAAGAAGCGAUGGAGGCUCUGCUACGGUUACAUCAGCCAGAAAUUAUAGCGUUGUGGAAUCCUGAAGCACCAAUAAACACAUUUUGGAAAAUAAGCUCUCAAGUGUUAACGUCCGUCUCUCAGAAGCUGAUCCAGAACCAGCUGAAUCCAAACCCUCCAGGUGCGCCGCCAAUGGCCAACAACACCGAAAUCCUCAAAUGGCUCCAUGAGAUCCUCAUCUGUCGCAACAGUUUCCUCCAAAAGCACAGCAUCAAUGCCAAUCUCGGCAGCAACAUCACCAUCUGUACAGACUCUCACAUCGUUCUAGAGGAGGUGUUCUUCAUGUAUCUGUGGAGUAUUGAUGUCAACGCUGUACUCACUGCCAUGUCCUGUUUUCAUUUGCUGUGUGAGGAAGCUGACAUCCGGUGCGGGGCCGAUGAGGUGGCCGUCACUCAAAUACUCCCUAACUACAACGUCUACUCGGACCUGGCUGCUGCCAGCAUGACCCUCACCACAGGUCGAGCUUUACUACAGAAGAAAAUAAUGGGAUUAUUACGGAAGAUCGAUCAUCCAACACCAGGGAAUACGCAGGCAUGGGAGGACACAUGUAAAGCAUGGGACAAUGUCACAAAAAACCUUGAUAUCUAUCCGAAAGGAAAGCUAGAAGAAGGCUGCAGCUCUGGAAGUAUUGGGGAAACGAUUCGGCUACGGAGAAAACCAACUCACCAUGGGACAUCGGAUCACGAGUUAGAGGACCAACUCAAUGAAUGGGUGAACAUGACCGGCUUCCUUUGUGCUCUUGGUAGUGUCGCCCUACAGAACAACACCAACAGGUCCAACUUGUCACAUUUCUUGGCCUGUUUUAGAUCUCCAUCAAUGCCAGGAUGUGGCACCUCUCGUAAAAGCAGCCUGAUGCAGAGCUCAACCGGUGACCCUCAGUGUUGUCUGGUCACGCAAUUUAUCGAGAACCUGCUCAAAUUUUUAGUGUGUCAACAUGAGAAAUUCGGAGCCCAUAUCCAGAAGCAUGUCAAGGCCUUAUUGGGCCACGAGUUAAACCCUGCCCUCUACCCGAAUCUCUUUGACCAGGUCAAACUCAGUGUGGAGAAAUCUUCGUUUGACUCGUCUGGCCAGGUUGAAGUCACAGAUCUGAAUACUCAGUUCAUUGAAAAUAUAAUUUUCAUCAUGAAGAACAUCCUGGAAAUGAAGUCCGACCAGCCGUGCGAGUACCUUGGUGUGACCAGUAUUGAAUCUAUGAUGUUAUCCAUUGUCAGAUAUGUCCGGCAUUUGGAUUCCAGUGUACAUGCCAUCCAAAUUAAGAUCAAACUCUGUCAACUUGUUGGAGCAAUGAUGACCAGGCGUGAUGAACUAACGUUUCGUCAAGAGAUGAAGUUCCGAAACAAACUGGUUGAAUAUUUAACUGACUGGAUUAUGGGAAAUUCACACCAAGUGAACAUCCAAGGGGACAUCUGUAGCAUGUCCAGGGAUUUAGAUCAAGCCAGUAUGGAGGCUGUCGCAGCCCUCUUAGCUGGUCUUCCUCUGCAGCCCGAAGAAAGUGACCGAGGAGACUUGAAUGAAGCAAAAUCACAACUCUUCUUAAAGUAUCUAACCCUAUUUAUGAAUUUACUGAACGACUGUUCCGAAGAAGAGCAAGACAAGGCUAUGGACCCGAAUCGCAAGCGCAGCAUGUCCAACCUAAGCGCACUUCGUCACUGCACCGUGCAAGCUAUGUCAAACCUACUAAACGCCAAUAUAGAAAGUGGGCUGAUGCAUUCGAUAGCCCUUGGCUACCACAAGGACCCACAGACUCGUGCUGCAUUCAUGGAGGUAUUGACGAAGAUUCUACAGCAGGGCACUGAGUUUGAAACACUGGCUGAGACCGCUCUGGCCGAUCGCUUCGAACGCCUCGUCGAGCUGGUCACCAUGAUCGGAGACAAAGGGGACUUACCAAUCGCCAUGGCCCUCGCUAGCGUCAUUUUACGGAGUCAAAUGGAUGAAUUAGCCAGAGUGUUUGUAACUCUGUUUGAUGCUAAACACCUCCUGUAUCAACUGUUGUGGAAUAUGUUUUCUAAAGAGGUUGAGAUUGCUGACUGCAUGCAGACCUUGUUUCGUGGGAACAGUCUGGCAAGCAAAAUUAUGGCUUAUUGCUUCCGUUUCUAUGGACAGAAUUAUCUCCGCAGCUUGCUCAACCCACUCAUUCAAGAUAUGAUGGAUAUAGAAAUACAAAACCCCAACUUGUCCUACGAGAUAGAUCCAUCGAGGCUUGAAUCAACCGAGAACAUCGAGGAGAACAAGAAGAAUCUUAUGAUUAUUACUCAGAAGGUGUUCAAUGCCAUCGUUGGGUCUGCCUCCAGGUUCCCCGCCAAACUGCGAAGUAUGUGUAAUUGCCUCUCCCAAGUGGUAGGUCAACGUUUCCAACAAAGUACUUUUGAUGCUGUCUGGACUGUCAUCGGGACCGUUAUAUUUUUACGUUUCAUCAACCCCGCAAUAGUGUCUCCAUACGAAUCAGGAAUCAUUGAUCAGGAACCUACGCACCGUGUCAAACGUGGCCUAACCCUGAUGUGCAAAAUCAUGCAAAACAUCGCCAACCAUCUGCUCUUCACCAAGGAGCAACACAUGCGAGCGUUUAACGACUUCUUGAAGACAAACUUUGAGGCUGGCCGCAAGUUCUUCAAGGAAAUUGCAUCAGACUGUGAGACUGUGGAUGCUGGCAACCACAACUUGUCUUUCAUCAAUGAUGCUAAUGUACUCGCACUACAUCGUCUGCUGUGGAACAACCAAGAGAAAAUUGGAGACUAUUUAUCGAGUAGCAGGGACCAUAAAGCAGUUGGAAGGAGGCCUUUUGAUAAGUUGGCGACCCUAUUGGCUUAUUUAGGCCCACCUGAGCAUCGACCUUUGGAUUCACAGUGAGUAGGAUCUGAGUU